AUGAUGAUCUUUGCUGUUAAAGACCUUUCGAUCUUCUCUGGUUCUCACUCUUAUAUCAUAUCCUUCCGCAUUGUGCUAAACCAUUUCUUGUCGAUCACGGAUCUGGAGAAGCUUUCGGUGGGGAUUGAUCCGCCGACAUUGGAACGAGGAAAACCGCUGCUUAUCACAACCUAUGGUGUCGGUGGAGGUUUGACCUCGAUGCUGAUGAGGAUGAACUAUGUGAGGAUUAAGGUGUCAGACGUCAUCCACAACGUCAAGAUCGUUGUGCACAGUGUGUACUUGCCAUUUCCACAUAUUAAUCUUCUGGAUGCGGCUUACGGCAGUAUCUUAGGAGGCUCAAAAGUCUCAGGAGGAGAUUAG